GGGGUUCUCCGGGAUCAUCAUAUGACUGUUAGUGCAUCUCCUGAGUGUGCUCGACCAGAAGAGAGUGUGUGAGGACGAGCAUGGCGCGGCGGUGGCUUUUACUCGCUCUUGUUUACCUGUCCGUCCUGCAAGCAGCCGCUCUGCACCAAAGGAAAGCUCUGUAUCCAUCUGCGUAUAGGAUAAAGCGCGGGACGUAUUCCCUCAUCAACCCCACGUUCCAGCGCUCGAGACAGGACGUCAAUCUGCUCUUUGAGAUUCUGCUAGCUGGAACGCAGAUCCGAGGCGAGGGGGAAACGCUGCUGAUCCCAGAUGAGGAGCUGGCCUCCCUCAGCAGCGUGGAAAGGCUGGAAGUCAUAUGCGAGGACGUCCUGCCCAAGAAGCUGUCCGAGAUCCGACGUCUCACGGCGGAGCUCGGCUGGAGGCGGCAGCCUCUGAGCUGGCAGGACUUUGAGAGAACAGUCCUGACUUUAGUUUACACGUCACAGACACUGGCGCAAAUCGAUAACCAGCAGCAGAGAGAGGUGUGGACGGACGCCCUGAUGCAGCUGUUCCUAGCUGUUCAAAGAGACCUCCGACCUUCUUAGUUGUGGUCAAAGCUUUUUCUGCCAACUUAGUUCUUUACUCAGAACUACUUUUAUGAGGUACUCACUCUGAAUACUGUACAUUCCACAUAUUUUACUGUUGUGCUUUUUUGAUGUUUUGCAAUGUUUGUUGGUGUCAUACAAGCAAUUCAUGUUUUGCAAAAUACCUAAAGUCAGGGUUCAACAGACUCUAAUUUUUAACUAGAAACUCGUUGCACCUUCUUUCUAUUCACCCUCUUUCAGUUUUUGUAUGAAGAAGGAACAUGACCGAAGGAAGUGCAUUUGUUUAUGAUUGGGUUGGCUCAACGCUAAUGAUGCUAACAUUGCUAACUCAUUGCUGCCAUGAGAGAGAAAAUGUAUUUUUUAUGACAUCCUACACUUAUAGCGUCUACAGCUUCAAACAACUGAAAGAAGUUGAUUUUCAAGAACCUGCUAUGAGCAUUGCGCAAACUAGCACUAGUUGUUAGCACAGCACAUAACCCAUACAAAAAAACCAUUGGAACGAUGAGUUUCACAACUUUGUCAGAGUUAUGGGUUUCCCUUGGGAAUGAAAGGAUGCAUUAAACGACUGCAGAAAAGCAACGAGGCGUCAAAGUUGAGCAAACUUGUGUAAAGCGUUUCCAUUAACUCCCCUCAAGGUUAGGAAGGGCACAAGAUUAUGAACGCUCUGUUUCUCAGUCAGCAUGUAGCCUGCCACAAUUUUCUUCUUUUUAUAAUCACCUCCUUUUCUUUUAAUACGCAUAUUAUGAAAUUAGAGUCCAGUAAAACAAUUGAUUUUGAUGUCCAAUAAAGAAAAAUCCAUGUCCAAAGAAUGACUAAACUAUGUUUUAUGAUGGUCCAACAAACUUUUUGAACUUCCACUUUCCCUCACCACCCCAGCGUUUGGCGGUCCUCCUGAUAUCAGACAGUAUUUACACUUCUUCUCCUUAGGCCACUUCAUCAGGGUCAUGUACGUUUAUAAAAGUUCCCAACACUCCACAGUUUGAACCCAAAAAAGAAGAAGUUCUUUAGCUGCUUGAUUUGGCCUGAAUGCAGUUUCCCACCCUGUGAAGUUCUGCUUUACUACAUUGUAUUUGGAAGAAAAGUCCUUUUUUAUGUCAGUUUUGGGCCUCAAUUUGAACUUUAUUCCAGAUAGCAUGGACUGUUUGGUCCAGUCAUGGCCCACAUCUGCAGUUUCCCUUCGGCCUUGACCGCCUGCUUAGACUCAGGGUGAAUGUGGAUGCCUAAACUCACAUAUGCGCACCAGUCAUGGACCAGAUCUGUAUUUUCUUUAAACUUUUGGUGAAAAUCUGGGCCAUGCAACACAAGUCAGUACAGUAAGAGCCCAGCGUCUGACCUUUGAACCACAUCCAGCCCGCGUAGCAGUUGCUUCUGCUGCGACUGAGUCAAAAGCGCCAAGAGUGCCCAGAUAAGGCAAAUGCCUUCUUGUGAUAGGUAUGACUGAAAAUAUCACUGUCCUGUAUUCUCAUGUGACUGCAACAGUAAAGCAUUAUGUCUG